CCACCACCAUGGCGGCCUCCGAGCUCUACACGAAGUAUGCAAGAAUUUGGAUACCUGAUUCAGAACUAGUGUGGAAGUCAGCAGAACUUUUGAAAGAUUAUAAACCAGGAGAUAAAGUCCUGCAUCUUCAACUUGAGGAUGGCAAGGAUAUUGAAUAUAAACUUGAUGCUAAGUCUAAGGACCUACCACCCCUGCGAAAUCCAGACAUACUUGUGGGUGAAAAUGACCUGACAGCACUCAGCUAUCUUCAUGAACCUGCUGUUCUCCACAAUCUCAAAGUUCGAUUUAUAGACUCAAAACUCAUUUAUACAUAUUGUGGUAUAGUUUUAGUCGCCAUAAAUCCUUACGAGCAGCUGCCUAUCUAUGGCGAAGACAUCAUCAAUGCCUACAGUGGCCAAAAUAUGGGGGACAUGGACCCCCACAUCUUUGCUGUGGCUGAGGAGGCAUACAAACAGAUGGCCAGAGAUGAACGGAACCAGUCCAUCAUUGUAAGCGGGGAAUCAGGAGCUGGGAAAACCGUGUCUGCCAAGUAUGCCAUGAGAUACUUUGCCACAGUGAGCGGGUCUGCAAGUGAAGCCAACGUUGAAGAGAAAGUGUUAGCUUCUAAUCCUAUAAUGGAGUCUAUUGGCAAUGCUAAAACCACGAGAAAUGACAAUAGCAGUCGCUUUGGGAAGUACAUUGAAAUUGGUUUCGAUAAGCGGUAUCGAAUCACAGGUGCUAACAUGAGAACUUACCUCCUAGAAAAAUCGAGAGUGGUGUUCCAGGCGGAAGAAGAGAGAAAUUACCAUAUCUUCUAUCAGCUAUGUGCUUCUGCGGCAUUGCCUGAAUUUAAAGCUUUAAGAUUGGGGAAUGCAGGCUAUUUUCACUAUACAAAGCAAGGGGGGAGCCCAGUUAUUGACGGAAUUGAUGACGCUAAGGAAAUGCUUAACACUCGACGGGCCUGCGCUCUUUUGGGAAUUGUUGAUUCCUGCCAGAUGGGAAUUUUCCAAAUCCUUGCUGCUAUUCUUCACUUGGGCAAUGUGUCCUUCACAUCUCGAGAUGCUGACAGCUGCACGAUACCCCCUAAACACGAACCCCUCAGGAUCUUCUGCGAUCUCAUGGGAGUGGAAUACGAGCAGAUGGCGCACUGGCUUUGCCACAGAAAGCUUGCUACUGCCACAGAGACCUACAUCAAGCCGAUUUCCAAGCUGCAGGCUAUCAAUGCUAGGGACGCUCUUGCGAAGCAUAUCUACGCUAACCUUUUUACCUGGAUUGUAGAUCAUGUGAACAAAGCUUUGCAGUCCACUGUGAAACAGCAUUCUUUUAUUGGCGUAUUGGACAUCUACGGGUUUGAAACAUUUGAGAUCAACAGCUUUGAACAGUUCUGUAUAAAUUACGCCAAUGAGAAAUUACAGCAGCAGUUCAAUAUGCACGUUUUUAAGUUGGAACAAGAAGAAUACAUGAGGGAACAAAUUCCUUGGACCUUGAUUGAUUUCUACGACAAUCAACCCUGCAUUAACCUCAUCGAGGCCAAAAUGGGAAUUCUGGAUUUGCUGGAUGAGGAAUGCAAGAUGCCUAAAGGUUCAGACAACAGUUGGGCCCAGAAAUUAUACAAUACUCACUUGAAUAAGAGUGCACUUUUUGAGAAACCUCGAUUGUCCAACAAAGCUUUUAUCAUUCAACACUUUGCAGAUAAGGUGGAGUACCAGUGCGAAGGAUUUUUGGAAAAAAACAAAGACACUGUCUAUGAAGAACAGAUCAAUGUUCUCAAAUCAAGUAAGUUUAAGAUGCUGCCUGAGCUGUUUCGAGUGGAGAAGGCCAUCAGUCCCACCUCAGCCACACCGUCCGGUCGUACCCCAUUGUCUCGAGCAGCCGUGAAACCAGCUAAGUCAAAAAUGGCCCAAGCAAGCAAGGAACACAAGAAAACCGUGGGGCAUCAGUUCAGAAAUUCUCUGCAUCUCUUGAUGGAGACCCUCAAUGCCACCACGCCACACUACGUGCGGUGCAUUAAACCAAAUGACUUCAAGUUUCCAUUUAUGUUCGACGAAAAGCGGACCGUACAGCAGCUGAGAGCUUGCGGAGUGCUAGAGACCAUCCGGAUCAGCGCAGCUGGUUUCCCUUCGAGGUGGACCUAUCAAGAAUUCUUCAGCCGCUACCGUGUCCUGAUGAAGCAGAAAGAUGUCCUCAGUGACAGGAAGCAGACCUGCAAGAAUGUCUUGGAAAAGCUGAUUCUGGACAAGGAUAAGUACCAGUUUGGGAAGACAAAAAUAUUUUUCCGGGCUGGUCAAGUAGCUUAUUUGGAAAAAAUAAGGGCCGAUAAACUGAGAGCAGCUUGCAUCCGUAUCCAAAAGACGAUCAGGGGGUGGUUGAUGCGGAAGAAGUACCUGCGCAUGAGGAAGGCAGCCGUCACUAUUCAGAGAUACGUCCGUGGAUACCAGGCACGAUGCCUUGCAAUGUUCUUACGAAGAACCAAAGCUGCCAUUGUCAUCCAGAAAUUCCAGCGCAUGGUUGCUGCCCGCAAACGUUAUCGGCACAUCCGAGCAGCUACUGUUACUCUCCAGUCCCACUUACGAGGCUACAUUGCCAGGAAGAAGUAUCACAAGAUGCUUUGGGAGCACAAGGCCACCAUUAUCCAAAAACAUGUGCGCGGCUGGCUGGCUCGCUUGCGCUACCACCGGACUUUGAAGGCAAUUAUUUACCUGCAAUGCUGCCUACGGCGCAUGAGGGCCAAGAGGGAACUGAAGAAGCUGAAGAUAGAAGCUCGCUCGGUAGAGCACUACAAGAAACUCAACGUCGGCAUGGAGAACAAGAUUAUGCAACUCCAGCGUAAAAUCGAUGACCAGACACGAGACUCCAGGUCCCUGGUUGAGAAGCUAACUAGCUUAGAGGCAGCUUACACUUCUGAGACGGAGAAGCUGCGGCAUGACAUAGAGAGGCUUCGGAUGAGCGAAGAAGAGGCCAAGAACGCCACCAAUCGCCUCAUUAGCCUUCAAGAGGAGAUCGGCAGGCUGCGGAAGGAGCUGGAACAGAUCCAGACGGAGAAGAAAGCGAUCAAAGAAAAGGCGGACCUCUAUAAACAAGAAACAGACAAGCUGGUGCUGGAACUAAAAGAGCAAAACACACUUCUUAAAGAGGAGAAGGAUGACCUGAAUAGCCGCAUCCAAAACCAGGCCAAAGAAAUUACAGAGGUCAUGGAGAAAAAACAUCUAGAGGAGACAAAACAAUUGGAUCUCGACCUGAACAACGAAAGGCAGAGGUAUCAGAAUCUGCUCCAAGAAUUCAGCCGGUUAGAAGAGCGAUAUGAUGACCUGAAAGAUGAGAUGAGGCUGAUGGAGAGUAUUUCCAAACCGGGGCACAAGAGAACGGAUUCCACCCAUAGUAGCAAUGAAUCAGAAUAUACUUACAGCUCUGAGAUCGCGGAGGCUGAGGACUUUCCAAUGAGAACAGAGGAACCAAGUGAAAAGGCACCUCUGGACAUGUCUCUCUUCCUCAAACUACAAAAACGAGUGAAGGAGCUGGAGCUGGAAAAGCAGUCCCUGCAGGAUGAGCUGGAGAAGAAGGAGGACCAAGUUCUCCGGGACAAAGCCAAGGAGGAAGAAAGACCUCAGAUGAGAGGAGCAGAACUGGAAUACGAAUCGCUUAAGCGUCAAGAGCUUGAGUCAGAGAAUAAGAAGCUAAAGAACGAAUUGAACGAGUUGAGGAAGGCCCUGAUGGAAAAGAAUGCUCCAGAUGUCACGAUGCCUGGUGCCCCCGCAUACAGGGUCCUUUUGGACCAGAUGACCUCUGUCAGUGAGGAGCUGGAGGUCCGCAAGGAGGAAGUUCUCAUCCUGAGGUCUCAGCUGAUGAGCCAGAAGGAAGCAGUGCCGUUCAAGAACACCAUGACAGACUCUACAAUUCUUCUGGAAGAUGUUCAGAAGCUGAAGGACAAAGGAGAGAUCGCUCAAGCUUACAUUGGCCUGAAGGAGACAAACAGAUCACCUCAAGACUGUCAUUUGCUGAACGAGGAUGGCGAACUAUGGCUGGUAUAUGAAGGGCUGAAACAAGCCAACAGGCUUCUGGAAUCUCAGCUGCAGGCCCAGAAGAGAAGCCAUGAGAAUGAUCUGGAGGCCCUCCGUGGAGAGAUCCAGAGUCUGAAGGAGGAGAACAACCGCCAACAGCAGUUGCUGGCCCAGAACCUCCAGCUGCCCCCAGAAGCCCGAAUAGAGGCCAGCCUGCAGCAUGAAAUCACCCGCCUGACCAACGAAAACCUGGAUUUGAUGGAACAGAUGGAGAAGCAGGACAAGACGGUGCGGAAACUGAAAAAGCAGCUGAAAGUUUUUGCCAAAAAAAUCGAUGAGCUUGAAGUGGGCCAAAUGGAGAACAUUUCACCUGGACAAAUCAUUGACGAGCCAAUACAUCCUGUGAAUAUUCCAAGGAAAGAAAAAGACUUCCAAGGAAUGUUAGAGUACAAGAAAGAGGAUGAACCCAAACUCAUUAAGAAUCUUAUUUUAGACCUGAAGCCUCGUGGAGUGGCAGUAAAUCUCAUCCCAGGGCUGCCAGCUUACAUUUUGUUCAUGUGCGUCCGCCACGCCGACUACCUUAACGAUGAUCAAAAAGUGAGGUCCUUGCUGACUUCUACGAUUAACGGCAUCAAAAAAAUUUUGAAGAAAAGAGGCGAUGACUUUGAAACGGUCUCCUUCUGGCUGUCCAACACAUGCCGAUUUUUGCACUGUUUGAAGCAGUAUAGCGGUGAAGAAGGGUUUAUGAAACAUAACACCACUCGUCAGAACGAACAUUGCCUGACUAAUUUCGAUCUUGCUGAGUACAGACAAGUAUUAAGCGACCUGGCCAUCCAGAUUUACCAGCAACUCGUUCGAGUUCUAGAGAAUAUUUUGCAGCCCAUGAUUGUUUCAGGCAUGUUGGAGCACGAAACCAUCCAAGGAGUGUCGGGGGUGAAACCCACCGGCCUUCGAAAGAGAACCUCUAGCAUCGCCGACGAAGGGACCUACACCCUGGAUUCCAUCCUCCGUCAGCUGAACACCUUCCACUCCAUCAUGUGCCAGCACGGCAUGGACCCUGAGCUGAUCAAGCAGGUGGUCAAACAGAUGUUCUACAUCAUUGGGGCCGUGACCCUCAAUAACCUUCUGCUGCGGAAGGACAUGUGCUCCUGGAGCAAAGGAAUGCAGAUCAGGUACAACGUAAGCCAGCUGGAAGAAUGGCUUCGUGACAAAAACCUGAUGACCAGCGGUGCAAAGGAGACCCUGGAGCCCUUGAUCCAGGCUGCUCAGCUGCUGCAAGUAAAAAAGAAGACCGAAGAGGACGCAGGCGCCAUCUGCUCUAUGUGCCACGCAUUGACUACCGCCCAGAUUGUGAAAGUGUUGAACUUAUAUACUCCCGUUAAUGAGUUUGAAGAAAGAGUGUCUGUGUCUUUUAUCCGGACAAUACAGCUGCGUAUGCGAGACCGGAAGGAUUCUCCUCAACUCCUCAUGGAUGCUAAACAUAUUUUCCCCGUCACUUUCCCGUUCAGCCCUUCCUCUCUCGCGUUAGAAACUAUCCAGAUCCCAGCAAGUUUGGGUCUAGGAUUCAUCACUCGGGUCUGAACCCAAGGCCGAGGGAAGCUGUCAACCGCCCAUUUCUACCCAUAAUCUCUUUAACGCUGAAAAUAAAUUGAGUUCAGAAGCCAUUGGGGGUUUGGGGAGGAAUGGCGGGAAGAGACUGGAAGGGAAUCAAGUAUGUGCUCUCAAACUGCAUUGCAGAAAACUGGAAUGCGUCGUCAACAUUCUCUCACCACCGGAAGCUGAUAGAAACCACUGCACAUUUGUAGAAAUUCACCCGUUCCGUGCUGAGGCCUACCUAAAGUUUUCAGGUUAAGAAAAAUAUUAGUACACACCUUAGUGUUUCUCUCUCUUCCACCCCUCCCGCUCCUCAGUUGGUUGCAAGUUGUCUUAUAUUUGCCUUGUACGCCAAAAUCAGCCUGUGACGGAUAAACCGCGAUGGGUUUUCCUUUUUCUUUUCCAUAUUAAGACCCCAAAAUUAUCAUGUGCAUCUGGUGGCAGAAAUUACAAUUGUGGGAAGAGGAGUCUUCUCAGUUUUAACGGUUCUGAUAAUCCCUAUAAUCUGUAUUUUACACGUACGCUUUUUUUUUUGGUAGAAAACAGUCUGUGUCUCCACUGAGUGGAACGGCGUCAUUCCAGUGCAAUGGUGUGAGUGCGUUACCUCCAAUCCAUAAUGU